AUGAACGUCUCACCAUUAUUCGGACAGCACCAAAGCUUAUGGACAGUCUUCCUUUUACGGACGGCGAUCGACAAGCUGGCCAGAAAGAACUACAACAUCGCUCGAGCCAGACCAGGGGAGAGUAAGCAAUGCCUCUACUUUCGACUCGAAGCUCUGCAACAAGAACUUACGCAAGAACAACUUGCUUCUAUAAUUGCAGAAUUCCGGGCCUGCCAGUAUGGACCUGCAGAUGUGGGUUGUGCCCCACAGCAAGAAUGCAAUCCGCAGGGCCAGCAACAACAACCCCCACCAAAAAAUGCGGAGAUUGGUGCAAGGAAUGAUGAGGCACAGGAUGAUGAUUCGAGAGACCGCAUGUUAAGGCUGGAACUGAUGUUUGAAGAUUUUCAAGAGCACGCCUUAGUGCAGGAAACACGAAUCGAGCGCCUUGUAAAUCGCAACACAGAGUUACAAGCACAAUACAAUGAGUCCCAGAAUCUCGUCACAGAACUGAGAAUGCAAAGCGAUAACUCUGAGACUCGCGUCACAGAGCUAGAGGCAAAUGUUACCCGCCAAAACGCUCGUCUGGCUAGACAAAGGGUCCAGCGUAGGAUUCGAUCGAACAGGAAAAGAGCUCGUUUGAGAAGAGCAGGCCGAAGACUUAGACGACAGAGUCAACGGUUGUUUGAUGCAGCGCAAGAUGUACACGGCUUGGCUGAUGGAUGGAGAUGGAUCUGA